UGGUGUGGAAGUAAUACGGUUCCGUACUAUCACAUAAUUAUGUGAAACGUUGCACAUAAUUAUGUGAAAUGCGAGCUUUGCGAGGUUUUUUUUGGUGUGGCAGUAAUAUGGUUCCGUACUGUCACAUAAUUAUGUGAAACGUUGCACAUAAUUAUGUGAUAUUUACACAUAAUUAUGGGAAAGGAUUGACAUAAUUACGUGAAACGCGACCUUUUUUUUUGGUGUGGCAGUAAUACGCUUGCGUACCGACAUGAUAUAGUUUGACCCUUUCAGAGAUAUCUAGUUUUAUAAUUGGGGGCAAAUUUGAUAUAUUCUCAAUACAAUACCGACUUUUUAAUCAUACUGAUUUCAGGGAAAAAAAAUAUUUAGGAAAGACAGAAACAAGAGAACGGUUUGAUCUAUUAUACCAAUAUUUUUGGUGUUAAAAUAUUUGGCGAUUUGCCCAUCAAGUCAUCUCCAAAAUACGUCACUUAAAAAUAAAUAAAUAACACAAUUCUUGUCAAUUUUUCACAUUAAGCCAAAUAGUUUGGGUUGAUGUGACGUCAUUGACGAUCAGUGUCGCAGUAUUUGCAAUCCGACUGUCCCACUGCGAAAAAAGACAACAUUAAAAUAUUUGACCGCGUUCAGUUGAAACUUGUAAAAUGUAUCAAAUAAAAUGUAUAAUAUAAGUAACAAAACAUGACAUAAAUAUUUAGGCAAAUAUUUUGCGGAGUUUGGCGUGAUAUAUUGAGGGAAGUUACGUUUGGAGUGAUGGGGGUUACAUUGUUUACUGCCCGUGUUGAAAGUAUACUAACAGCAUGGGCUUACCUCGACAAUGCUUUGUGACUGCAAAUAAAGGCACGGGGGGUUAUUACUAAUAUUUUAGAAUAACUAUUGUAUGCAUGGUGAGAAUAAAUCAAGUGUAGGAGAAUGCUUUUGGUUGUUGUUGUUGGGGAGCAAAAAAAAAAAAAAAAUGAUGUCACCUCUAGGAACAUUUUACUGUCACCUUUAAAGGUUUGAUAUUUUUAAAUUGCUUGGACUCGGCCCACGCUUGCAUCGCCAUGGACAGGGACGCGUACCGCAACUGCUGCAGUCUGGUCAAAAUCCCACGGCAGUCCUACGACCAGUUCUGCUCGUCGCAUUUCGUCGACUACAUCGACAACGAUCUGUCCUACUCCAAAUUUUUCAAAAGGUACCUGCUCCCCAACCACCCGUGCGUCUUUUCCAAGCGCUUUACCGACGAGUGGAAGUGCAGGAAACAGUGGGUGACCGAGGAGGGCAAGCCUAACUUCCAGAAGCUGCUGCAACAAUUUGGGGACACGCCUGUACCUGUGGCCAACUGCAACGCAAAGGAAUACAACGCAAAUCCCAAACAAGUGAUGCCUUUCAAGGAAUUCAUCCAGUACUGGAAAGAGCACAUCCAGAACGGUCACUCGUCCCCGAAAGGAUGUCUGUACCUCAAAGACUGGCACAUGGCCAGGGACUUUCCAGAGCAUCACGUUUACACCGCGCCCAUCUUCUUUACUUCCGACUGGCUGAAUGAAUACUGGGACGCGCUUGAAGUGGACGACUACCGCUUUGUCUACAUGGGUCCGAAAGGAUCGUGGACGCCGUUCCACGCCGACGUUUUCCGCUCGUACAGUUGGUCGGCCAACAUCUGCGGCAGGAAGAAGUGGCUGCUGUAUCCGCCCGGCCAGGAGGACUUCCUGCGAGACACGCACGGCAACCUCCCUUUCGACGUCACGUCGGCCGAGCUCGGCGACGCCGGCCUUUUCCCGCGCUUCCCGCAGGCCGGCCAACCGCUCGAGAUCAUUCAGGAGGCCGGCGAGAUUAUUUUUGUGCCCAGCGGGUGGCACCAUCAGGUUUAUAAUCUGGAGGACACCAUCUCGAUCAAUCACAACUGGCUGAACGGCUGCAACGUGGACAUCAUGUGGCAGUUUCUGCAGAACGAGCUGUCCUCGGUCCAGAACGAGAUCGACGAGUGGAGGAACACCAUGGAUUCGUGGCAUCAGCACUGCCAGGUCAUCAUGAAGGCCUGCUCGGGCAUCGACUACGGGGAGUUUGCGUCGUUCCUUAAAAUCGUGGCCGACAACCGGAUGACGUUCCUGAAGGCGCGCUCCGCGGGAGACGCGGCCGACUACCCGCCGCGCCACCCGUCGGAGGCCCUCGCCGCCCUCGGGCCGUACCACGCCGCGUUCGACCUGCAGCGGGUGGCCCACGUCUUGGAGCUCCUGCUGUGCGACGAGGAUUUCAAGCGGCUGGACCGCUCGGCGUCUGCCGUGCAGCCCGAAACGUUGUUGCAGCAGAUUCGGGAAACCGUGCAGUCCACGAGAGGACAGCAUCUUCUUUAUCAGGACUGAGCGAGCCAUUGUCACGGGCUUGCAAAGACGCCGACAUUUUCUGGUAGAACUUCAGCUGUGGAGGUAAUGAGUUACAUUUUUUUGAAGAACAUAUCUGUGACGUGUUUGGGUUAAUGUACCCCAAAGAUCAAGUAUUACAGCAAACACAAAUUUUAGCGCUCCGCUAAAGUUAGCCGGUUUCAAGGGGGCGGUCCUGUCUCACACAAACAAGCCACUGAUCACCUUUGUAUCCAACAGCACUGUGCAGCUCUGCUUACCUGGAGUCUUACCAUAGCUUGAAAAUAGCAGCUCUUCGUCCAGAUCUUUGCCCGAGUUAGUUAACCCAGGUUAAGGUUAGGUCAGGACAUCCUAACCCGAACCCAAAUUCAUCAGUGAGGCCAAAUUCUGAAAUAUGCCCAUAGCAAAAUAUAGUUUGCUUUUGAUGGGAAGAAAUCAAACUGUGUACGUCGGUCGUUAUGUCCAUUUUAUAUGAAUCUGUUUUACUUUGGUUUAUUUAUUAUUAUACCGUCAAUCAUUGUCUCAGAGAGAAAAAAAAAAACAAGGUGGCACAGUGGAUCAGCCGGUAAAGCGUUGGCCACGUUGGCCGUUCGAUUCCGGCCCCGUACCUGCGUGGGUUUCCCACAUCCCAAAAAACAUGCAACAUUAAUUGGACACUCUAAAUUGCCCAUAGGUGUGAUUGUGAGUGCAGCUGUUUGUCUCAAUGUGCCCUGCGAUUGGCUGAGGACCUGUUCAGGGUGUGCCCCGCCCCCUGCCCGUUGACAGUUGGGAUCGGCUCCAGCACUCGCCGCAACCCUCGUGAGGAUAAGUGACAAAGAAAAUGAAUGGAUGUUGUUCUAAAGAUUAUUUAAGUUUCUUAUUGUUUUAAUGUGAUGUUGGGCAAUAUUUAAAGUUGUUUAUUUUUAAAGUUAUUUUAGCAAGCAGCUAAAUUGCCCCUCGGUGUGAUUGUGAGUGCGACUGUUUGUCGCCAUGUGCCCCGCGAUUGGCUGGCGACCAGUUCAGGGUGUACCCUGCCCCCUGCCGGUUGACAGCUGAGAUAGGCUCCAGCACUCCCCGUGAGCCUUGUGAGGAUAAGCAGCUAAAAAAAAAACAAUCAAAACACAAUAUUCAAAUAAAAUCAAAAUAUUGAUGUUUAAGGGCCUCUAAUUUUCCCCCAAAGAAAAUCUGCAUUGUUUAUAUAGACAAAUUUUUU